AUGUACCUCUGCAAGCUGCAGAUCAGAGGUGGGUGUGUUCAUGAGCAGCUUGCUGAAGGUCUUGGAUCUCUCCUGGGGAAAGGAGCGCAGGCUGAAAGAUAUAUGUCGAUUCACACCAUACCGUCUUCAGGUUUGGAACGAAACGACCUUUACGCAGGGAGAACUAUUGAUUUCCCACCACCACCACUCCCUCGAUUGUUCGGCACCCUUUCUCCCUUUGCUCUCCGACCGAUAUUCAGAACUUUCAACCCGUACAGUGGUCCCAAUGUCAGAAACGGAUCUCUAAUAUUCAAAACUUUCAGCCCGUACAGUGGUCCCAAUGUCAGAAUCCAAGAAAAGGUAAAUACGACCCUGUCCUCCUGA